UCGCCUGGCGGCUGAGGAACUGAAGGCAGAAGGUCUGCAUAUGCUGUCGUCACGGAAGCAGCGGCAGUCACAAUCAACAGAAUACAACAGGCACGCAAAAGACACACUCAAAUGUGGCUCCAAAACCUCAUGCUUUUAUCUCAAGCGAGUGCCCUACUUUUGUGUGACAAAACCAUUAUCAAUGCCAUCGUUGGAGGAAAGUUUCAUGUCAUCUGCAAAUUCAGUGCAAAUCAGUACCGCUUCAGUAAGAAGUACUGGUGUCUGGGGAAGUCCAAAAGCACCUGUGAGAUUCUGAUGGAUACGGACGGAUUCACCAAGGCCACCUUAAGGAGACGAGCUCAAAUCAUUGACGCGGUGUACGGAGGUCUGCAUGUUCUGGUGUCUGCCCUCCAGGUGGAAGACACUGGAAUCUAUUGGGUUGGCAUUGACAAAAUCUAUACUGAUAUCAUGGUUAAGAUCCAGGUUUCUGUAAGAGAAGAAGGUGUGAGUAUUCCAGAGGUGUGGCCUGAAGUCUCCCCUGUGCUAACAUGCUGGGGGCAGCCAGUCACCCUGCACUGCAGGAGCUCACAGGGUACCAACGUGCAGUACGGCUGGUACAGAGAGGCCCAUUCUGCAAACGCCCUGCUCCAGAAUGGCCCCGAGCUGCCCCUGCGCUGCUCAUCUCUCCCCCUGGACGGGUGGCUCAUCUGCACCGCCCGCAACGCAGUGAGCGAAGAGCGCAGCAGACCUGUCUCUCUCAGCGUCCUGCAGCCGGGACAGGAUGGCUGUGUGUAUGCACUCACGUCUGAAGGUUUUGAAAGCUAUGACUGCUGGAGAACUACACAGCCACCCCUGACAUCCAGCAUGUCCUCUGUGGUUGUAUCACAUCCAGCUCUUCUCACUCUGACCAAUGGCGAUGGAAACUUGGCACUCCAUGUCAAUCAAACCUUGAAUGAAAACCCUUUUCUCAGGUCAUGGUCAGGAGUGCCAGUGUGGUAUGACAUCAUUCGCUGGUUUCUCUUCACUGCCAUGAUUGCCACCAUUGGCCUAGUACACAUGCACACAGGAGUCAAAUUAAGCGAAAAACCAAAACAAAACAAAACUGGAGCAUGUCUGUCUGAAGCAAAUGUACACCAACUCUUAUGCACUUACAUUAUUUUAAAAUGACAUAUUAUUUUUGCAUAUGUUAUUUUAUAGUUUUAAUGUUGCAUUUGGUUUGGGCUAGGGAGUGCAUUUUUGAAUGAAUUAUAUUUACUAAUAAAUAUAAUAAUACUUAAAGAGUUACUUGUAGAUACCACCUGAAUAUUUGAUUUGGAAAAGUCUGUGAUUCAUUGAAAGUGACUAAAGAGCUGAAGUUUACUCGGUUUUAUUUAAAUUUACAUUUCAUGCCACUUCACAGUUAGGGUGCAGAAAAAGCAUUUAUAAAAAUCCUGAUAGUUAAUGAGCUGCAGAUUAGUUCCAAACAAGUGUCUAGUGACUCAAACAAAAAAGCUAAGCCUCACUGUAUCUUACCUGAGAGCAGGCUUGGCACAAAGAGUAACAGCCUCAGAACCGUCUGUGUGGGUCUUGCCAGUGGGUCUCCGUGGGAGAGAACCCCCCCGCCCCCCCCACUGCCCAACAUGGCUCAUGUCACCUCAUUGUUACCUCACUUACUCAUUCAUUAAUAUUGUGGAAUUCUCUGACAAAUGGCAAACGCUUUUUUUUUAAAUGUAAUAGCAUUUAAAUGACAUGUUAAUGUCAGUAUGAAUAUGAGUAUAGUAUUUGUGUGAAUAAAAUGGUUUUAAUCUUAGUGUGCUUUACCAAGUAUUUCCAAGCAUCUGAACCUCACAACAGCACCCUAGCUCCC